AUGCGUACAUCACAAAUCCUCAAGGCAGCAGCCAUCGCGGCGCCCGCUCUCCUACUUGCUACCACCGCCCAUGCUGCCUCGGACGCAUGUAUCAGCCUUCGCGGCAGUUCCAUGUGCCCCUCGUUCCAGAACAACUUUGUCAAACCAAGCAACCUUUCCAGCGAGUACGGCUUUUUCGAGGCCGUCACCGACGUAGCUUCCUUCGAUAGCCUGUUCCAGUACUACCUUACAGCUCAAAAUGGGUACUACUCGGAUAAGAUUCAGGGCGGUCUUGGAUGCAACACCACCCUCGCGACCAACGUCACCAUCCAGUGGCAACAGACCGUCUUCUGCUCCCAAUUCUCGCAGGCAUCGUACCAGUCGGGUUGUACCGCCGAGACAACACCCACCCUCGUUUGCCAGGAGACCUGCAACCAGUUUGCCUCGUCCGAGGAAGACAUUGUCGACAACACCGCUUACUGCCGAUCCACCGACCAACUCAACCCCUUCCAGCGCAGCGUCCGAUUCGACACGCUCUCCAACGACUAUUACACCUGCACCGACUACAGCUCGCUCACUACCUCGAACCCCAACUCGUGCGUCAACGGCAUCGAGAACGAAGGCAGCUGCGGUUUCGGCUACUCGAUCGACCAGCUCUGUGCCUUCUGCGACCCUGCUGGCGGCGUCACUCCUCCUCCAUGCUGCUCCGAGUCACGAACCAACCUCUCCCAGUGCUCGCAGUGGGGUCACCCUCUUGCUGCUACCAUUCGCCCUACUACUACUGUUGCUACCAGCGUACCUGGCUCGACGCAAAGCACCACUGGCGUCAACUCUGCUACCUCGAACGGCUCUGGCUCUGCCACCAGCGCCACUUUGAGCAGCAAGAACAAUGGUGGCCCCAGCGCUAGUGCCAACGUGGCUCCGCAUGGCAAGCAGCUGGUUAGUGCCGACGACAAGGUUUUCAGCAAAGGGCAGCUCGCUGGUAUCAUUGUAGGUUGCUGUAUCGGUGCUGCUCUGCUUGGUGCGCUUCUCGCUCUGCUUUGCUUGCGCAGGCGUCGCGAGAGAGGCGACACCGAGAAGAACACGGUCUAUGGCAAUGCUGCUAACGAGAGUCACGUCGAGCGCCCCUGGAUCCAAAGCGAGGAGGCUAUGCUCAAGUCGCCUGAGCUGGGUCGCCCUUCGACGGAUGCCAAGUUUGCUGCCGGUGCCGCCGGUGUAGGUGCUCUUGCUGCUGGCGGAGCCGCUGUUGCCGCUGCCAAGGGACGCGACUCGGCCGACGACCGUCCCAACAGCGCCAUGAGCGGCGAGACAGGCACCGAUGGACGCGGCACCACCAUCCCCGCUGUCAAGGACCAGUACUCUUCGCACGACAUUUGCCCCGGCGAGACGGUGGUAGCCAUCUACCCUUACAACGCUACGCUCAACGACGAAAUCACCUUGCAACCGGACGACGUCGUCACCGUGCAGCGACUUUACGACGACGGCUGGGCGCUUGGCCGUACCGAAUCUGGUAGCGAAGGUGCAUUCCCAUUGGUCUGUGUCACUUCAACCAAGGGAGGCACCUCGGGUUCCGGUGAAAACCUCAGCGGAGGUGUGACAAGCGGCAACGAGGGUAAUGUCACUUCGUCAGCAGACGGUGCCGUAACCGCCGAAGAGGGUCCAUGA